AUGAGGUCGUCACAGAACGUGUUCAGAGCAAAGUUCUCAGCCAUUGGAGAGAAGGACAUUCGGCAUGCGAUGGCUCACCUGGGGGCACCCAACGAGGCGGAGGCCAAGGCAGUGGAUACGAGGCAGGAGAUCGACCUGAAAGUGGGGGUGGCGUUCACUCGGUUCCAAACGCGCUUCUUCCAAGGGAAAUAUGGCAACCUCGACUCGUCGCUCAUCUCGUACGGCCCGUGCCAGACGCCCACGCUCGGCUUCUGUGUGGCUCGCCAUCAGCGCAUCACGUCGUUUGUCUCGGAGCCCUUCUGGGUGGUGCGGCCAAUCGUCGUGCGCGACGGCCGCCAGCUGGCACUGCAGUGGGCUCGGGGGCGGCUGUUCGACAAGGAGGUGAGAGGAGGGGGUGGGAGGCAAAGGGGAGGGAGACUGUUCGACAAGGAGGUGAGGUGUGGGAGAGAGGGGAGGGGGGCUGCAAGGACCGUUCGGGAGAGAGGAAGUGAGGUGUGCUUCAAUGAUUGCCACCAGCUGGCCCUGCAGUGGGCUCGUGGGAGGCUGUUCGACCAGGAGGUGAGGGGAGGCGUGGGGGGGAGUGCGGGUGGGUGUAGUGUAGCAGUGCGGGGGGUAUGGUUGCAGAGUUCUUUCAGAGGAAUGUGGCAGCUGAGCAGGCAGCACUGCCACUGUGACGAGCGUUGUAGGGAAGGAGGAGAGGAAGGGGCGGCCCAUACAGCUGAACACUCUCUUGUUUCCCCGCUUUCUCUUGCUGCCAGGUUGCAGAGUUUUUUUCAGAUGGAUGUUGCAGCGGGGGGGGCAGCAGUUGUGAAGAGUGUUGCAGUUGCAGAGUUCUUUCAGAGGGAUGUGGCGGCAGGCGGUGCUGCGGUUUUGAAGAGUGUUGCAAUGAAGGAGGAGAGGAAGGGGCGACCUACAGGGCUGAACACAGUGGAGAUGCUAAAAGCUGCUUCCAGUGGGCUGGGCAUGGGGCCCCACCACGCCAUGCAGAUCGCUGAGAGACUUUACACUCAGGGUUACAUCAGAGCAGCGAAAAGAGGUAGUGCGUCAGCUGGUUGUGCAUGCGGAGCAGCGGAAAGAGGCAGUGCGUCAGCUGGUGGUACUUGCGGAGUAACAGGAGGAGGCAGUGCGCCAGCUGGUGGUGUAUGCGGAGCAGCGGAAAAAAGCAGUGCGUCAGCUGGUGGUGGAUGCGGAGCAACGGGAGGAGGCAGUGCGUUGCUCCGCAUGCACCACCAGCUGACGGAAUAG